GGGCGGGUCAUAUAAUUCAACGAGAGGACGAGUUGCCUUUGUGUUGACAAAUUACGAAGAUCUAGAGGUAAAAAUAUCAUAUUAUGCAUAUAGCUAGUUAUGUUUUAUUUUUCAUCUCACGGCCCCAGUAUUGCCUGAAUACUGAAAUGCGAUAUUAUUUUAUAGCGUAGCUAAGUUACUAACACGUAAUUGGAGUGCAGUGUUUUCACUGACACGGGUAACGUUAGCUAGUUGCUAUCGUUAGCUAACUAGCACACACAGACACUUAAUCUGCUGAGACUCAUUGUUAGCCUGCUAACGUUAGCUAACUAGUUAGCUAUCUAACUAAAUUGAUUAGUUUGUGAAUCCGGUGAGGACAGUACAACAUGCACAUUACGCGUUAAAUCGACCUUGUUAAGUCAGAGAAGCUAGCUAGCUAUGUUGUAAUAAUGUCAGACUGGGGUUUAUAAGAUGGCUAGCUAGCUAACAUUAGCAGCAUGAUUUAGCUAGGCAGAUGGCUUGUUAGCUAGCUCGACUGACUGGCGGCUGCAGUCCGAUUGUCCGACAUGUUUUCUUACUUACGAAACCAUCGAAAAAGGCGAUUGAUACGAACCAAGUAAUGUUAGAUAGCUAUCUGGCCUAACUACUAGUACCAACGGUUGUUUUUCUCUGCAUGUUUAAAAUACAAUUACAAUAAAUUAAGUAGUUAGCUACCUAGUAAUAGCUAGCUAAUUCCUAGCUAGCUAAUACACCUGGAGAUCUUAAGUUAUUAAGGCUAAGUUAAUCGUUAGCUAGAGCCUUUUAACGAUUAAUUUAGCCUUAAGAUGCUUUUGGGAAACCGGGCCCAGGACUGAUUGGCUUUCGGCCUGGCUAGGUGGACUUAACUAACUAUUUCUCAGUUGCAGUUGUUCAUGACCAUAUUUCUGAUUCUGUCUUUAUUUCUUAGUGUUUGAAUGGAUAUUACCAGGUGCCCGGAGAAAUGGUUAAAACAAGACAAGGUUAUUGUGGCGUCCUCUUACAUUUGUCAUCAUGCACAUCUGUCAACGCAUCUAGCUAAUAGUGCACUUCUUAGGCACGCUACAAUUCCCGUGACUGGCAGGUGCAUUUAAAGCCCCAACAAUAAAAAUUAUAGAAAUGUAUUUAGCUAGCUGUUAUGGAGUUGUUCAGAACUCUUUUCCAUAUUUUUCCAUCAUGAUAUUGUUAUUAUCCAUAUAGAAAGUGAGAACAUGAAUGCAUUAAUCAGACAAAGAAAAUUAUGAAACAUAAAAAAUCACAACAAAAAACAUUCAGUGUGACCAGGAGAUGUUAGUUGAGUUGGUAAACUACAAAAUUAAUCUGAACAACAAAAUGAUCUCAAUAUUCUAGUUGUGUUUCUUAGCUAUAUUGGUGAUCUUUUUGCCUGGCCAUUGUAAAAAUAAAUCCAUUAACAGCAAUUCAUCGUCAUUUUCAUUUGCGAAAUGCAGAAAUGUUGCUAAUAUGCAACUUCAUAGCCGUUUAUUAUUUUCCAUCACACCACAAUAGACCAUCGUUGUGGAAAAACUUCAACACUGGCCAUCCUAGAGUAUCACAUCACCAGCUGAAACUCUAGAGCUGCGAAUGGAUUUGGCUCAUGCCUAUUUUUGUGGUCUCUCUUUCCAGGAGAGGCCUCUGUCUUCCUCCAUUAUGCUGUCGAGUAAGAAGUCGGAUGCAGGCACCUCUUCCUCCGCAUCUUCCUCCUCCUCGGCGGCAGGGGGAGCUGAGCGGGCCCCUGAAGCUCAGGCUACUGCCCAGGCUGGGGCCCCUGCUUCGGCACCAGGCCCCAUGGAGAUAAAAAAGAAAGAGCGGGCCUCCCCAAGCGGGGAGCCUGGCGGACCCCCUCUGCUCCACCCUCCUGGCCCCGGAGGCGUUGACCCGGACACGGCUGAGGGCCGCAGGACAAGCCGCCGCAAGCGAUCAAAAGUAAAAAACCUAUUACUCCUGUCCCCCCUAUCUUAGAGAGAAAUAGAGGAAGUCACUACAAGCACGUGCCCCCACCAGCCCUAGACCAGGAGCACAUUGAAUGACUAUUAAGAAUACAGUAAUCUUGGUAUGGCCAUUUAAUUAGUGGUGAACAACACCAGAGGAGCACAGGGAGCUUGACCUUUGACCUCAUCUCAGGUGAGCCGGAACAUGGUUUUAAUGGAGCGUUUAUUGUGCCCCUUGUUGCAGGUGGAGUACCGCGAGAUGGACGAAAGCCUGGCCAAUCUGUCUGAGGACGAAUACUACUCGGAGGAGGAGCGCAAUGCCAAGGCGGAGAAAGAGCGAAAGCAGGUGAUCCCGCCGCCGGCGCCUCCCGUGGAGGAGGAGCCGGACAGCGAGCCUGAGGAGCCUUCUGGUGAGUGUGAGUCGGACUUUGCGAAAGUGUGUGUCUGUGAGCGUGAAUGUUACAUUGGGCAGCGAAAGGUGUGUGUGUGUGUGUCAGGGCAGGUGGUGAGGGUGGUGUGUUUGUGGUUUUCCAGGCGUGGAGGGAGCUGCGUUCCAGAGCCGCCUCCCACACGACCGCAUGACCUCCCAGGAGGCCGCCUGCUUCCCGGACAUCAUCAGCGGGCCCCAGCAGACACAGAAGGUGUUCCUGUACAUCCGCAACCGCACGGUGAGAAUGCACACACACACACACACACACUUCAUUAAUACGAUUUGCUUCUUUCUGGAGAGUAUUGUACAUUUUGGACUUUGGUCUGAAGUUGUGGCGAAUUCUCCGUUCUAGCUCCAACUUUGGCUCGAUAACCCGAAAAUCCAGCUGACCUUCGAAGCCACAGCACAGCAACUCGAAGCGCCGUACAACAGUGAUACAGUGCUGGUGCACAGGAUACACAGUUACCUGGAGAGACACGGCCUCAUCAACUUUGGCAUCUACAAGAGAGUCAAGCCUUUACCAAGUGAGUAUAUUAGCUUUUCACUAUCUGCCAGAUACAGAAACUUUAUGUACAAUGCAUACACUCAUUUAGAUAUGCACAUAUUAAACGCACACCAGUAGUACUUAUAGGUAUUUAGGCAUGCAUAGACAAUGUUUUCCACAAGCACAUGGAGUAGCCAGACAAAUAGAAAAAGUAGCCAGUCAGGAUUAAGACCUUUUUGCUGAACAAGCUUUAUUUAGGUGGCCUCUGGUACAUCCUAAUGCUAGAUUGUAUUUUCAACCAGCAACUAUCAGGAAAUAAUACAGAUCAAAUGUUCACACUUUUACAGUGUAAGUAGGUUCAUCAGCUGUUGUACAAUAUGAUAAAAACACAGGAAAAACAUAAUUUUGACCGCACUGGGCCUUUAUAGAAUCCUGUAAUUGUCUGCUGACUUCCACAGGCUUCAAUCUUCCUUUUAAAAGGCAUUUUCUCAGCUAUCUGCAAUACAGGUAUGAUUGAAGAAUGAAGCAUGUGUUAAACAUGGGUUUUGCUACACAGAAAGCAACAGUUGAUUACUCCAUUGUCAACACUUUGAUUAAAUCAGUAGACCUUUAUCAAUAUCUGAAAAUACCAUAUAUGUAUCAUUUAGCUUUUAAAACAAUUCAAUCUGUUUUCUUUUAUAAUAUUUUGGACCAGAGUGAGGCUCUCUCUCCACUAGCCUACCUAUUGUUUCUGCAGUAAGGAGGAUUCACCAUCUGCCUCUGUUUUCAUCAUUUAUCUGCAGAUGAGCGACAAAAAGCCUACCAGUAUGCAAAUGAGGGAGCCAAAUGAACAGCUCUCUUACCGAUGCAAUUCAGUAGGCUACUGACGGGUCACUCACUUUAACGUCACUGUCUGGCAAGUCCUGAUGGACUUCAUAACAAAAAUACAAGUGAGAUCUUCAGAUUAAAUGUCCCGAUGCGAUACCAUGGACAUAUAACUACGUUGUAUGAUUUAAGAAUUGGCAAGGAUAUAUGAGAUCGGUCAGAUGGACACCUUUUAUAAACUAGUCAAGGUUGCUGUUUGUCAAUCGAAGCCCAGUAAAUAGCCUUUACGCCUCCACUCCAUGGCUGCAUAUGAAACGCCAGAGUCCAACGGUAACUUUUUUUCUCACUGGCCAAAAAUCUACUGGCCCGAACAGAAUUUCUACAGGCCCGGACAUAGUGUAGUUCUUAAAUGCAUUGGGGGGGCCUAUAUGUUGGCAAGCUUUCUCUCUAUAUUCAGCUAUUAAUAGGCUACAUUUGGUUAUUAUGAUAUGUAUUAAAAAGCUGUGUAAUCAUUUUACAAUGCAAGUCAUUACUCUAUUCAUUUGAAUUGCAUUGUAUUAAUUGCCUUCAUUUUGAAAAUAGGAUGCUGCCCCUUUAAGACAAAUUUCCAAAAGAGAUAUCAUAAACUGGGUGGUUUGAGUGCUGAUUGGCUGACAGCCAUGGUAUAUCAGACCGUAUACCACGGGUAUGACAAAACAUUUAUUUUUACUGCUCAAAUUACUUUGGAAACCAGUUGACAAAACAUUUAUUUUUACUGCUCUAAUUACUUUGGAAACCAGUUUAUAAUAGCAAUAAGGCACCUCCACUGAAGAACAGCCCUUAGCCGUGGUAUAUUGGCCAUAUACCACACCCCCUCGGGCCUUAUUGCUUAAUCGACAUGGCUACACUAGGCUAGCCAAGAGGAAUGCUAGGUGUGUUUUUGUAGCGUUCUUUUUGCAAACUAUCAACAGUAGCCAGCAUAUUGCUAGUAUUUUCACUAUUGAAGGUUAACUUUUGUAAAUCACUUUCCCUAAAAUAAAUAAGCUCAGUGAGUUGGGUGCUUCUUUUUGUUCUGGACAGCUUGCGUGUGCUGUGUGAAGGCAUCAACUCAUGUAUUGCUCUCGCGGGAGCGUGGUGAUGCUUGAAUUAACGGCCAAUCAUAUUGCUCAAAUACAAAUUGCAUGACAUUUACGCAUGUAGUCUUCAAUUAUUUUCAAUGGUAGACUGCGAAUGAGCAGGUAAAAUGUUCAACCGGAAUGCAAAGAUGCGCUGAAAAGUUAGUGGCCCUUUUGGGCCAGUGACUGACGAGAUCCACUGGCCUGACACAUGUUUUUACUGGCCCUGACCAGCGGGCCAUUGUUAUUUUGGGACCCUGCACGCGAAAGAAAGUAAAUGAAUGUGCCAGAAAACAAUAGGCUAAGUGGAUUUUGAAUCAUCGUUACCACAUUAUAUGGGACGUGCAAAUUCAUGCUCUCUCCCUCUGUGUAAAGACAUUUGACUACAACCACAACACACAUAAUGCACACAUCCAGGUACAGAGAGUCGGGACAGACAGCAGACUGUCAAACCAGCAGUGUUUCCCUGUCAUCGCUCACUUUGCCUAUCAAUAGAUCGCUAGAAGAUGCAUAUUGUUCAUUCUAGCGGGAGAGGGCUCGGCAGACAUUUUUGACUCGCUAAUUGAAAAGUAGCCUAGUUAAUUUAAGUGGAAAAAGUACCUGGCUGAAAAUGUGUCUGUAAUGUAAGUAAGCAUUUCACUGUAAUGUCUGCACCUGUUGUAUUCGGCGCAUGUGACCAAUAAAAUUUGAUUUGAUUUGAUUUAAUCGGCUGUAUAGCCGACAGCCGGUGCUAGUGGAAAACACUGCAUAUAUAGGUGUUUUCCUGAAGCAUACCCUCAGAUACUGGAUGACGUGAAAAUAAGUAUUUUUUUAGCAAUGUGUGUGUCAAAAUAACUGGUUAUGUGGUAGGGCUGGGAAUUGCCAGGGACUUAAAGAUACGAUUUUAUCACGAUACAUAGGCGCUGAUACAACAUGUAUUACGAUUCUAUAUGUAUUGCAAUUCGAUACUGUAAUUUUAUUGCGAUGAAAAAUUGCUCACUAUAUGUCUGCUGCAGAGAGACAAGAGAAAGAGUUUUGAUCCGUCAGGGAAAUACAAAUGCUGAAAACAUGUUGACUCACUAUUUAAAAAGAAGAUGGAGAACAAGCGAUAGGAUGAAAAAUACCAGAGUUUUGGCACAGGUACAGACGGCUAUCGCUAGCUAACGCUACCUAGCAACAAAAAAGAAAUGAUACCUGGAGCCAAAGUAUCAAUAUAAUAUCGUCCAAAAAUAAUAUUGCAAUAUGCAACUAUCGAUUUCAUCCCCCAUUACUAUGAUGUGAUUGUCAACCACUCUGGUUUCCCUGUGUCCCUGCAGCAAAGAAGACUGGGAAGGUGAUCAUCAUCGGAGGGGGUGUGUCUGGGCUGGCGGCCGCGCGGCAGCUGCAGAGUUUCGGCAUGGACGUGACAGUACUGGAGGCCAGGGUGGGUCAACAGCACAUCACAUGUCAACACGAGCACAAUAAAGAGGGUCAUGUACAUUGGGGCACACCAUAGAAAAACAAAUAAAAUAAUUCUUAUUGGAUAAGCUCAGAUAGUCUGUUUCGCUCCGCCUUUGACCGUUUUCUUCUGUUUUGUGCCAAUUGAACACGCCCUACAUCUACCCAUCAGCUAAUCCAGUGAUACUGACCAGCCUGGUGUCCUGUUUUGACCUGGUGUAACAGCUAAAGGUUUUCCUCUUCACUGUGGUAGUUGUGUGAUAUGGUUGUCUCCUCUCAGGACCGCGUUGGGGGGAGAGUGGCCACGUUCCGGAAGGGCAACUACGUGGCUGAUCUGGGGGCCAUGGUGGUGACGGGACUGGGUAAGGAUUAGGGUUGUGAAAUUCUGUUAACUCUCCCAAAAAUACCAGGUUUUCUGGAAAUCCAGAUGGGAAGAUCCCCGGAAUCAGUGGGGAAUAAGCAUGAAAUCCAGGAAUCCUCCAACUGGGAUUUUUAGAAAACCGGUGAAAUUUUACAGAAUUUUGCAUUCUAGUAAGGAUGAACCAGAGACAUGCAAACUAUUACAUACAUGUACAGGUGAGGAUGUAGAUGAUUGAAAGUCACGUUGAACAGUCAUUUCCAGUUGACCGCAAAUUCCUCUCACCUAUUAUCAAGGAACAAUUUACUUUGAAUGAUCUAUUGACUAAUACCUCUACUGUGAAUUCGUCAGUGUUCCUGCUAUGACAGCUUCUCACCAGCAGAGGGUGGUGUUGACCUUUUCAAUGUAGUCUCAUCAAAUGUAGUCUGAAUGAAAAGGAUUGGACAGGCAAAACAAUACUUGUUCACCACUUUUCUCCUAUAAAAACUACUAUUGGAUAGAACGAUGAGAUUCCACAGAUGUGUUUCAAAAGAUACCAAGUUUGGUCAUAUUCAGCUUGUUGUGCGAUCAUAAUAUAUUUUACAUUACAUUUUAGUCAUUUAGCAGACGCUCUUAUUUUCAUACUACUCGUCUAUUCAGAGUAUUUUACUUUAGUCAUUUACAGUGCCUUGCAAAAGUAUUCAUCCCUCUUGGCGUUUUCCUAUUUUGUUGCAUUACAACCUGUAAUUUAAAUGGAUUUUUAUUUGGAUUGCAUGUAAUGGACAUACACAAAAUAGUCCAAAUUGGUGAAGUGAAAUGAAAAGACAUAACUUCUUUCAAACAAUUCUAAAAAAUAAAUAACGGAAAAGUGGUGCGUGCAUAUGUAUUCACCCCCUUUGCUAUGAAGCCCCUAAAUAAGAUCUGGUGCAACCAAUUACCUUCAGAAGUCACAUAAUUAGUUAAAUAAAGUCCACCUGUGUGCAAUCUAAGUGUCACAUGAUCUCAGUAUAUAUAUAUGUAUGUAUAUAUGUGUGUGUAUGUAUGUGUGUAUAUAUAUAUAUAUAUAAUUAUUUAUAUAUAUUAUUAUUUAUAUAUAUAUAUAUAUAUAUAUAUAUAUAUAUACACAUACAUACACAUACAUACACAUAUAUAUGUAUACAGUGAGGGAAAAAAGUAUUUAAUCCCCUGCUGAUUCUGCACGUCUGCCCACCGACAAAGACACGAUCAGUCCACAAUUUCAAUGGGAGGUUUAUUUGAACAGUGAGAGACAGAACAACAACAAAAAACUCCAGAAAAACGCAUGUCAAAAAUGCUAUAAAUUGAUUUGCAUUUCAAAUGAGGGAAAUAAGUAUUUGACCCCUCUGCAAAACAUGAUUUAGUACUUGGUGGCAAAACCCUUGUUGGCAAUCACAGAGGUCAGACGUUUCUUGUAGUUUGCACCAGGUUUGCACACAUCUCAGGAGGGAUUUUUUGUCCAACUCCUCUUUGCAGAUCUUCUCCAAGUCAUUAAGGUUUUGAGGCUGACGUUUGGCAACUCGAGCCUUCUGCUCCCUCCACAGAUUUUCUAUGGGAUUAAGGUCUGGAGACUGGCUAGGCCACUCCAGGACCUUAAUGUGCUUCUUCUUGAGCCACUCCUUUGUUGCCUUGGCCGUGUGUUUUGGGUCAUUGUCAUGCUGGAAUACCCAUCCACGACCCAUUUUCAAUGCCCUGGCUGAGGGAAGGAGGUUCUCACCCAAGAUUUGACGGUACAUGGCCCCGUCCAUCGUCCCUUUGAUGCGGUGAAGUUGUCCUGUCCCCUUAGCAGAAAAACACCCUCAAAGCAUAAUGUUUCCACCUCUAUGUUUGACGGUGGGGAUGGUGUUCUUGGGGUCAUAGGAAGCAUUCCUCCUCCUCCAAACACGGCGAGUUGAGUUGAUGCCAAAGAGCUCGAUUUUGGUCUCAUCUGACCACAACACUUUCACCCAGUUCUCCUCUGAAUCAUUCAGAUGUUCAUUGGCAAACUUCACACGGCCCUGUAUAUGUGCUCUCUUGAGCAGGGGGACAUUGCGGGUGCUGCAGGAUUUCAGUCCUUCACGGCGUAGUGUGUUACCAAUUGUUUUCUUGGUGACUAUGGUCCCAGCUGCCUUGACAUCAUUGACAAGAUCCUCCCGUGUAGUUCUGGGCUGAUUCCUCACCGUUCUCAUGAUCAUUGCAACUCCACGAGGUGAGAUCUUGCAUGGAGCCCCAGGCCGAUGGAGAUUGACAGUUCUUUUGUGUUUCUUCCAUUUGCGAAUAAUCACACCAACUGUUGUCACCUUCUCACCAAGCUGCUUGGCGAUGGUCAUGUAGCCCAUUCCAGCCUUGUGUAGGUCUACAAUCUUGUCCCUGACAUCCUUGGAGAGCUCUUUGGUCUUGGCCAUGUUGGAGAGUUUGGAAUCUGAUUGAUUGAUUGCUUCUAAGAGUGUGCUCCUAAUCUCAGCUCGUUACCUGUAUAAAAGACACCUGUGAGGCAGAAAUCUUUCUGAUUGAGAAGGGGUGAAAUACUUAUUUCCCUCAUUAAAAUGCAAAUCAAUUUAUAAAAAUUUUGACAUGCGUUUUUCUGGAUUUUGUUGUUGUUAUCUGUCUCUCACUGUUCAAAUAAACCUACCAUUAAAAUUAUAGACUGAUCAUUUCUUUGUCAGUGGGCAAACGUACAAAAUCAGUAGGGGAUCAAAUACUUUUAUCCCUCACUGUAUCAUGUGUACUUACAUUGCUAAUCUUUGGAAAAUAUACUCCAGAAAACACCAACUGUAGCUUUCUGGUGUGUCCACUUUGAGUGUUCAGACGCUAUUUUUCACUGACCCCAGGCCUAAAACUUUAAGCUUAGCACAGCAGUUCUCUGAGCCUGAUGCCGAAGUAAGCAAAAAGAGAAAAGCGAGGGAGGAUGAAAGUGAAAAGACCUCCAAAGUUAUACGCAAUAGUCAUCAUCAAGUGAACUGCCAGGCUAGUAAUCAAUGACAUUCCUUGUAGUUGUAAUAUAGGCUAUGUGAUGGUUCUAUGGUUGUGUAGGCCUAUAUCCUGAUGUUCUAUCUGGUGUGUUCUAGGAGGGAAUCCCAUGGCAGUGGUCAGUAAGCAGGUCAACAUGGAGCUGGCCAAGAUUAAACAGAAGUGCCCUCUGUACGAAGCCAACGGUCAAGCUGUGAGUGCUGCAUCGCUAACUAUUUGGUUAACUUAGUUUACGUUAUGAGGUUUAGGCUGCAGUUGAGUGAAAUGCCUGCAUGUAGAUAGAACAUUAUAAGAAAAUGAAUUGUCAUAUUAGGCCUACAUUGGCGUGUUGGUGUCUCGUGCAAGCAUGCUCGAUUUCAGCAGUUGAAAUGUCUGCUUACCCCAAACGCAACUUUCUACCAUUGUAACCUACUAUUGUAUACAUCACUAUUUGGUUCUCGUUCACCCAUGUUAACUUGCUCCAUUUGUUAUUUACCUCCUGUGCUGAACCACUAUGUGCUGUGUUAGCAGGGCCCUUCACUUUGUCCGCGGGGUGGAUUCAUUUAGCCGCUUAUCAGGGUGGAUUCAUUUAGCUGCUUAGCAGGGUGGAUUCAGUUAGCCGCUUAGCAGGGUGGAUUCAUUUAGCCGCUUAACAGGGUGGAUUCAUUUAGCUGCUUAGCAGGGUGGAUUCAGUUAGCCGCUUAGCAGGGUGGAUUCAGUUAGCCGCUUAGUAGGGUGUAUUCAGUUAGCCGCUUAGCUGGGUAUAUUCAGUUAGCCGCUUAGUAGGGUGGAUUCAGUUAGCCGCUUAGUAGGGUGUAUUCAGUUAGCCGCUUAGCAGGGUGUAUUCAGUUAGCCGCUUAGCAGGGUGGAUUCAGUUAGCCGCUUAGCAGGGUGGAUUCAGUUAGCCGCUUAGCAGGGUGUAUUCAGUUAGCCGCUUAGCAGGGUGGAUUCAGUUAGCCGCUUAGUAGGGUGGAUUCAGUUAGCCGCUUAGUAGGGUGGAUUCAGUUAGCCGCUUAGCAGGGUGGAUUUAGUUGGCCGCUUAGCAGGGUGGAUUCAGUUAGCCGCUUAGCAGGGUGGAUUCAGUUAGCCGCUUAGCCUAGCAUCAUCCAACAGCUCAGCCCUCUCCGGGUUGAGACCGGACUCUCCAAAUGUAAUACUGUUCGACUGGAAAUAAACAGCAGUGUCCUUUGUGAACUAUUAUUUUCUCCCCCCUCUAUCAAGCAGCAGUAGGAUGUUUGGGGUUAUUUUCAGGCCAGGGUUGUAUUCAUUAUGGCAAAACAUUUUGCAAUGGGAAAAUGGAACAUGAGCCUUUUUCUUAUUAGACAAGUUGAGGUAGUCCCUCCCUGUUUCAGUCCAUUUUCUUCCAGUUGGUGCCUAAUGAAUAUGACCCAUUUCACAGAGGUGGUAGUCAGGCAUAAGGCAGCCGGUCACGCCCCACUCCACGUGCAACUGAGUGUCAUUUUCAAGUGUAUGUAAAUCUGUUCAAUGUUAAGUUUGUGUUUGUUUAUCUAAUUUGUUAUUUAUUUGACCCCCGGCCUCAAUCCCUCCUGCGUUCAUCUCCUGGUUCAUCUCCUGGCUGACUGCUAAAGGGCGAACGAUGCACAAGUGUAUGUAUUGUUUUGGGAUUCUGUUACUACAUGAUAACAUUGUUCACCUAUUGUUCAUAUUAAUGUCAAAUCAGCUGUCAGUUUCCAAUGAAGCAACUGUGUAGUAGACCGUAAUAGAACUGGGUCUGUUCUUGAGUGUCUGUCUAUGGUUCAGUUGACUGUAGUAUGUUUGUAGUCAGUCAUUUUUUCCCCUUCCGAAUCGAUACCUUAAUGGUAAACAAUACCUCCUAGGUCAGCUUCUCUUUAUAGAGAAAAUAAGGAUUGCUUUCUAAAUUGGACCGCCCUCCCUGCUGACCUCAUGUUCAUGAUUGACGUCAAAUUGUUAGUAUCAAAUGCUGUAAUCCUAUGGUUGAUUCUUAACACGUCAUUGUAUUACUGACUGCUCCCCCAGGUGCCCAAGGAGAAGGAUGAGAUGGUGGAGCAGGAGUUUAACCGUCUGCUGGAGGCCACCUCCUACCUCAGCCACCAGCUGGACUUCAACUUCCUUAACAACAAGCCUGUGUCUCUGGGACAGGCCCUGGAGGUGGUCAUCCAGUAAGUGUUUGGCCCUUUGGCCAGGUAAUCUCAGUUAACCCAGAACAAUCUAGUGUAAUUUGAUCAGCCGUGUGAUUUAGUUCUGGGUCCAUCCAUACGUGUUAGAAAUUGGGAGUUCCCCUUCAGUUGAAGUGUUUAAGCACCGCUUUCACCCAAUCCUGAUAUGCCCAAAUAAUCAGUGUGGAAAACCCAAACACCAGAACUACUGCUGCUCAUUAUCCUACGCAUUCCAUCCCGUCGCGACAGAUUCUUCGAUUUACGUGCUGAAUCUGUCCACUAGAGAUUAACGGCCAAGCAACUUGUACAAAUUCUGUGACAGUGGUUGUGUGUUGUUUUUCAUUAAAAAAAGUAUCCCUCUUUCUCAUUGGCACAUAUAAUCACUGAUGUGUUCUUUUGUCUGGUAACGUCCAAUAGACUGAGGUGUUCUUUUGUCUGGUAAUGUCCAAUAGGUUGCAGGAGAAACAUGUGAAAGAUGAGCAGAUAGAGCACUGGAAGAAGAUAGUCAAGACCCAAGAGGAUCUCAAGGAGCUGUUGAACAAGGUGACCAUGAGAUCCACUGUAUCUCAGAGGUCAAAAGAACGAUGAGUAGCUUGCGUGUAGAUGUACUCUGUCCCUCCUUUUAAUCUGUUUUCUCCUCCUUUGUAUAUCUACCUUUCUCGCUUUCCCUCAUUUCGUCAGAUGGUGGGUACCAAGGAGAGGGUCAAAGAGCUGUAUCAGCAGCACAAGGAGGCCAGCGAGGUCAAGCCCCCCAGAGACAUCACCGCCGAGUUCCUGGUCAAGAGCAAGCACCGCGACCUGACUGCACUCUGCAAGGUGAGACCACAAGUCAACCACUCACGUUCUCGGUCACACCACCCUACUGUAGAGGUACAGAGGAAGGAUAGAUGGAGGUAUGGAUAAAACUAGAUUAUGGGAUGAUUGAUGAUGUUGGUUUUUGGAGUGGAUAGGAACAAAAUGGAAUUGAAAUCCUCAUCACCUCAAUUGACUUGUUCCGUACAAAUGGCUUCAAGCUGCAAGCAGUUAAUGCCACAUUACUUUGAUUACUUUCCUGUUUGCUUAGUUGUUUUUCCAAAACAAACUAAUUCCAUUCCUGUGAGGUGUGGUACUUUCUCCAGACUCUCACACUGUGUGGAUAAGCCAUAAAUCUAACAGCUGGAGUUGUUAGCAGGAGCAAUCACCUAUUUCUAGCCUCCAGACACAAUUUGAUUCAAUUAAAGGUGUUCUCAAUGUAUGUGUUUUGAAUCGCAUCAAUUUUAAGCCACUUUCGUGCGAUUAUCAGAAUAUGUUUUCUGUGGACAGGGACUCCCAAUAGCAGCUUGACUAGCAGAAUGGCCUGCAGCUAUAGUAAAGGCCUAGUCUGUAUACCUCUCGCUGUUGAUUUACUUUCCAUGAAGACAUUCCAUUGUAAUUGUUGUGGUUGUUAGUCUCUCCUCCAUUCAAGUAUUUUCUUGAUUUGAGUAAACUAAUUUGCAAGGGGAAAUAUAGAGACUAAUGACUAUAGCCUACUGUCUGUCACACUAUGGCUUCGUUAACACCGGCAGCCUAAUUCAGAUCGUUGGCCUGUGUCUCUGGGACAGGCCCUGGAGAUGGUCAUCCAGUAAGUUUUUGGCCCUUUGGCAUUGUAAUCUCAAUCUGUUUUUCAUUUUUAAAAAGUAUCCCUCUUUCUCAAUGGCACAUAUAAUCACUGGUGUGUUCUUUUGUCUGGUAACGUCCAAUAGACUGAGGUGUUCUAAUUCAGCCUAAUUCAGAUCGUUUGCCCAAAAGACUAAUUAGUGGAAAAAUAAUCAAGAGUUGGGCUGCCUGUUUUCAACGCAGCCUAAGAGCUUUACCAGAAAUAAUGUUAGCAUAGCAAAUGGAUAGAUUGGAUUUGGGCCAUUAAGACAAAGACAAAGAAGUGUACUUGAUACCUAACUUUCACUUAAGUCCAAUUUUCACUCAGCCUCCCAUUGACAUCAACGCACGACUUAAGUGAGAAUUCGACUUAAAUAGAAUUGUAGGAUUUGCCCCAUAGAGACAAAAAAUGCUAUAAGUCGUGACAAUGGUAUUAUCUCUAAGCAAAGCAGAGCGUUUCAGCAGCAUGUGUUUGACUGGUCUAAUGCCUUGCCUGGUGUGUAUAAUUUUUUUGCGCAGAUAAAGCUUCACCUCAGAAGUGUAUUUUCAGGAGGCAAGCGUAAACACAGCUGCUGUCUGAACUUGUCGUCUUUCGGUCGACUGCCUCCUGAAAAAGCAACUUCUAAGGCGUGACUCAGGCUGGUCUGUCUGGUUGGAAAUGGUGUACACACACACCACACACACCACACAGAGUGUGUUUGAUACACAUACAGGCUAGGUCAGGGUCGGGGAAGCCUUGGUCCGAACGCUGUGGGGUUUUAGUUGGACAUAUUUGUUAGGCCGUGGCUGCAGGGGUAGGUGGUGAAACUGUGGGAAAUCUGGAUAGGGUGAGUCAGCCCAUUAAACUGACUAAGCUGCUGUCCUUCCUACUUGACUUAGAACCUCUUUGGGGGGGUGUGUGCAGCGCAGUACAUACAUGCCCCUGUUUCCCUUACUAUCACUUAGUGUCCAGUACACACACCUCUGUAUGUCCCACAGUGCUUAUACCUUGCUGUCCCCUGUCUCCUGUAGGAGUAUGAUGAGCUGGUGGAGUUGCAGGUCAAACUGGAGGAGAAGCUCCAGGAACUGGAGGCCAACCCACCCAGGUAACACUUUAACCCCUCAACUCCACCGUAAAGGCCUGUUGUGGUCCUGUUCUUUAAGCGUGGGCGUGCUGUAGCCUGGGGGCUAGUCUGUUUCUGCUCUCUUGCCAACUCUAUAUGGAAUUGUCAUGCCAAUGUUUGGCUUUACAAUGACAAUGGAGUAGGCUAAAGUACAGACAGGUCUGGGACCAGGCUACAGGCAGGUCUGGGACCAGGCCACAGGCAGGUCUGGGACCAGGCCACAGGCAGGUCUGGGACCAGGCCACAGGCAGGUCUGGGACCAGGCCACAGGCAGGUCUGGGACCAGGCCACAGGCAGGUCUGGGACCAGGCCACAGGCAGGUCUGGGACCAGGCCACAGGCAGGUCUGGGACCAGGCCACAGGCAGGUCUGGGACCAGACCCAGGCCACAGGCAGGUCUGGGACCAGACCCAGGCCACAGGCAGGUCUGGGACCAGACCCAGGCCACAGGCAGGUCUGGGACCAGACCCAGGCCACAGGCAGGUCUGGGACCAGGCCACAGGCAGGUCUGGGACCAGGCCACAGGCAGGUCUGGGACCAGGCCACAGGCAGGUCUGGGACCAGGCCACAGGCAGGUCUGGGACCAGGCCACAGGCAGGUCUGGGACCAGGCCACAGGCAGGUCUGGGACCAGGCCACAGGCAGGUCUGGGACCAGGCCACAGGCAGGUCUGGGACCAGGCCACAGGCAGGUCUGGGACCAGGCCACAGGCAGGUCUGGGACCAGGCCACAGGCAGGUCUGGGACCAGGCCACAGGCAGGUCUGGGACCAGGCCACAGGCAGGUCUGGGACCAGGCCACAGGCAGGUCUGGGACCAGGCUAGAUGCUCGCAUCCAUCCGUUCUUUUUUUUAACCCUCUGAUAAUCUCUCUACAGUGACGUGUACCUGUCGUCCCGGGACAGACAGAUCCUCGACUGGCACUUUGCCAACCUGGAGUUCGCCAACGCCACACCCCUCUCCACCCUCUCGCUCAAGCACUGGGACCAGGUAUACUCCCACUCACUCAUUAAAGUUUGACUCAGUGAAAUGAGUUGCAUGCAUGAAGUAAAAUCUGGUCAAUUCUGGCAACGGCUAAGAGCGUUGGCGCGCGAGGCUAAACUUGUCAACUGUUUUGCACCAGUAGAUACCAGGUUGUAGCAUCGUCAGGACAGAGAAGCUACGUCUGGUAAGGCAGGGGUGUGUGUCUAUUUGUCAAUAACAGCUGGUGCGCGAUGUCUAAUAUUAAAGAAGUCUCGAGUAUUGCUCGCCUGAGGUAGAGUACCUUAUGAUAAGCUGUAGUCCAGACUAUCUACCAAGAGAGUUCUCAUCUAUAUUAUUUGUAGCCAUCUAUUUACCACCACAAACCGAUGCUGGCACUAAGACCACACUCAAUGAGCUGUAUAAGGCCAUAAACUACAGGACUGUUUUACUAGCACAGGCUGGAAUAUGUUCCGGGAUUCAUCCAAUGGCAUUGAGGAGUAUACCACCUCAGUCAUCGGCUUCAUCAAUAAGUGCAUCGACGACGUCGUCCCCACAGUGACCGUACGUACAUAUCCCAACCAGAAGCCAUGGAUUACAGGCAACAUCCGCAUCGAGCUAAAUGCUAGAGCUGCCGCUUUCAAGGAGCGGGACACUAAUCCGGACGCUUAUAAGAAAUCCCGCUAAGCUCUCAGACGAACCAUUAAACAGGCAAAGCGUCAAUACAGGGGCCAGACGGAUUACCAGGAUGUGUACUUAAAGCAUGCGCCUUCACUGACAUUUUCAACCUCUCCCUGACCGAGUCUGUAAUACCUACAUGUUUCAAGCAGACCACCAUAGUCCCUGUGCCCAAGGAAGCGAAGGUAACCUGCCUAAAUUAUUACCGCCCCGUAGCACUGACGUCGGUAGCCAUGAAGUGCUUUGAAAGGCUGGUCAUGGCUCACAUCAACAGCAUCAUCCCGGAUACCCUAGACUCACUCCAAUUCGCAUAUCGCCACAACAGAUCCACAAAUGAAGCAAUCGCACUCCACACUGCCCUUUCCCACCUGGACAAAAGGAACACCUAUGUGAGAAUGCUGUUUAUUGACUACAGCUCAGCGUUCAACACCAUAGUGCCCACAAAGCUCAUCACUAAGCUAAGGACCUUGGGACUAAACACCUCCCUCUGCAACUGGAUCCUGGACUUCCUGAUGGGCCGCCCCCAGGUGGUAAGGGUAGGCAACAACAUGUCUGCCAGGCUGAUCCUCAACACUGGGGCCCCUCAGGGGUGCGUGCUUAGUCCCCUCCUGUACUCUGUUCACCCACGACUGCGUGGCCAAACACGACUCCAGCACCAUAAUUUAGUUUUCUUACGUGACGACACAACAGUGGUAGGCCUGAUCACCGACAACGAUGAGACAGCCCAUAGGGAGGAGGUCAGAGACCUGGCAGUGUGGUGCCAGGACAACACCCUCUCCCUCAAUGUGAGCAAGACAAAGGAGAUGAUCGUGGACUACAGGAAAAGGCAGGCCGAACAGGCCCCCGUUAACAUUGACGGGGCUGUAGUGGAGCGGGUCAAGAGUUUCAAGUUCCUUGGUGUCCACAUCACCAACAAACUAUCAUGGUCCAAACACACCAAGACAGUUGUGAAGAGGGCACGACAACACCUUUUCCCCCUCAGGAGACUGAAAAUAUUUGCGAUUGGUCCCCAGGUCCUCAAAAGGUUAUACAGCUGCACCAUUGAGAGCAUCCUGACCGGUUGCAUCACCGCCUGGUAUGGCAACUGCUCGGCAUCUGACCGUAAGGCGCUACAGAGGGUAGUGCUUACGGCCCAGUACAUCACUGGGGCCAAGCUUCCUGCCAUCCAGGACCUAUAUACUAAGCGGUGUCAGAGGAAAGGCCAAAAAAUUGUCAAAGACUCCAGUCAGCCAAGUCAUAGACUGUUCUCUCUGCUACCGCACGGCAAGCGGUACCGGUGUGCCAAGUCUAGGACCAAAAGGCUCCUUAACAGCUUCUACCCCCAAGCCAUAAGACUGCUGAACAAUUAAUCAAAUGGCCACCCUGACUAUUUACAUUAUUAUUUGUUAAAUAUUUCUUAACUCUUUAUUGGAACUGCAUUGUUGGUUAAGGGCUUGUAAGUAAGCAUUUCACAGUAAGGUCUACACCUGUUGUAUUCGGCACAUGUGACAAAAGUUUGAUUUGAUUUGAAGCACAGAUACUCUGUGUGACUGUGUGAGAAUCACGCGCAUCUCAUUAUCUACGGUGCUGCUCGUUGCAACGUCAUCUCGCUGAGUCUACCUUUUUAAGAUUUCUUCUUGCAGUGCAUGGGGCUUGCCUUUCCACUAAACCAAACUGUCUUGUCCUGGCACUUCUCUCUCCUAGUAUGCACAUCCACACUAGAUCAGAUUUCACCCACCAGAAGAGAGGAUGACAUCAGUAUGCACUUACUAGAAACUGCUAUUAGACACCAGGUCCAGUUUAAUCUAGGCCAUUCAAACCACCAGGCUAUAGUCUCCAUAAACCACACAUAACCAACAUUGAGUCUGUUCUAAUGUUUUCUAGUCCCUGUAAACCACACAAUCCACAUUCUGAGCCUUUGACAAAUGUAGUGAUGUGUUGUGCUGUUUUCUCUCCCCUAGUCCCUGUAAACCAUAUAUAACCCUCUCUCCCUUAGUCUCUGUAAACCAUAUAUAACCCUCUCUCCCUUAGUCCCUGUAAACCAUAUAUAACCCUCUCUCCCUUAGUCCCUAUAAACCAUAUAUAACCCUCUCUCCCUUAGUCCCUGUAAACCAUAUAUAACCCUCUCUCCCUUAGUCCCUGUAAACCAUAUACAACCCUCUCUCCCUUAGUCCAUGUAAACCAUAUAUAACCCUCUCUCCCUUAGUCCCUGUAAACCAUAUAUAACCCUCUCUCCCUUAGUCCCUGUAAACCAUAUAUAACCCUCUCUCCCUUAGUCCCUGUAAACCAUAUAUAACCCUCUCUCCCUUAGUCCCUGUAAACCAUAUAUAACCCUCUCUCCCUUAGUCCCUGUAAACCAUAUAUAACCCUCUCUCCCUUAUUUAGUCAGCCACCAAUUGUGCAAGUUCUCCCACUUAAAAAGAUGAGAGGCCUGUAAUUUUCAUCAUAGGUACACGUCAACGAUGACAGACAAAUUGAGAAAACAAAAUCCAGAAAAUCACAUUGUAGGAUUUUUUAUGAAUUUAUUUGCAAAUUAUGGUGGAAAAUAAGUAUUUGGUCACCUACAAACAAGCAAGAUUUCUGGCUCUCACAGACCUGUAACUUCUUCUUUAAGAGGCUCCUCUGUCCUCCACUCGUUAUCUGUAUUAAUGGCACCUGUUUGAACUUAUCAGUAUAAAAGACACCUGUCCACAACCUCAAACAGUCACACUCCAAACUCCACUAUGGCCAAGACCAAAGAGCUGUCAAAGGACACCAGAAACAAAAUUGUAGACCUGCACCAGGCUGGGAAGACUGAAUCUGCAAUAGGUAAGCAGCUUGGUUUGAAGAAAUCAACUGUGGGAGCAAUUAUUAGGAAAUGGAAGACAUACAAGACCACUGAUAAACUCCCUCGAUCUGGGGCUCCACGCAAGAUCUCACCCCGUGGGGUCAAAAUGAUCACAAGAACGGUGAGCAAAAAUCCCAGAACCACACGGGGGGACCUAGUGAAUGACCUGCAGAGAGCUGGGACCAAAGUAACAAAGCCUACCAUCAGUAACACACUAUGCCGCCAGGGACUCAAAUCCUGCAGUGCCAGACGUGUCCCCCUGCUUAAGCCAGUACAUGUCCAGGCCCGUCUGAAGUUUGCUAGAGUGCAUUUGGAUGAUCCAGAAGAGGAUUGGGAGAAUGUCAUAUGAUCAGAUGAAACCAAAAUAUAACUUUUUGGUAAAAACUCAACUCGUCGUGUUUGGAAGACAAAGAAUGCUGAGUUGCAUCCAAAGAACACCAUACCUACUGUGAAGCAUGGGGGUGGAAACAUCAUGCUUUGGGGCUGUUUUUCUGCAAAGGGACCAGGACGACUGAUCCGUGUAAAGGAAAGAAUGAAUGGGGCCAUGUAUCGUGAGAUUUUGAGUGAAAACCUCCUUCCAUCAGCAAGGGCAUUGAAGAUGAAACGUGGCUGGGUCUUUCAGCAUGACAAUGAUCCCAAACACACCGCCCGGGCAACGAAGGAGUGGCUUCGUUAGAAGCAUUUCAAGGUCCUGGAGUGGCCUAGCCAGUCUCCAGAUCUCAACCCCAUAGAAAAUCUUUGGAGGGAGUUGAAAGUCUGUGUUGCUCAGCGACAGCCCCAAAACAUCACUGCUCUAGAGGAGAUCUGCAUGGAGGAAUGGGCCAAAAUACCAGCAACAGUGUGUGAAAACCUUGUGAAGACUUACAGAAAACGUUUGACCUGUGUCAUUGCCAACAAAGGGUAUAUAACAAAGUAUUGAGAAACUUUUGUUAUUGACCAAAUACUUAUUUUCCACCAUAAUUUGCAAAUAAAUAAAUUAAAAAUCCUACAAUGUGAAUUUCUGGAUUUUUUCUCCUCAUUUUGUCUGUCAUAGUUGACGUGUACCUAUGAUGAGAAUUACAGGCCUCUCUCAUCUUUUUAAGUGGGAGAACUUGCACAAUUGGUGGCUGACUAAAUACUUUUUUUCCCCACUGUAUAACCCUCUCUCCCUUAGUCCCUGUAAACCAUAUAUAACCCUCUCUCCCUUAGUCCCUGUAAACCAUAUAUAACCCAUGUUUUGUUGUGUUUUCUCUCUCCUGUCCAGGACGAUGACUUUGAGUUCACAGGCAGCCACCUGACAGUGAGGAACGGCUACUCCUGUGUCCCUGUGGCUCUGGCCGAGGGCCUGGACAUCAAACUGAACACAGCAGUACGACAGGUCCGAUACACCGCCUCUGGUAAGUUUACAGGAUGUGUGUGGGUAGCUGUCUUUUGUUUGUCAAUCUGUGUGUCACUUUUGUUUAUGUGUGUGUGUGUGUGUGUGUGUGUUAAACUUAUUUGACUAACCAUGUGUAUAUCUCCAGGCUGUGAGGUCAUAGCAGUGAACACGCGCUCCACCACCCAGACAUUCAUAUACAAGUGUGACGCGGUGCUGUGCACCCUACCUCUUGGUGUCAUGAAGCAACAGCCCCCCGCCGUACAGUUUGUUCCCCCCCUGCCCGAGUGGAAGACCGCAGCUAUCCAGAGGAUGGGCUUUGGAAACCUCAACAAGGUACAGAACAAUCCUCCAAUUGGUGUUGUAACACUUUGCGUCUCUGUUAUGUUUGGUGUUUGUACUGAGGUGCAAGUCCUUUGGGAGUCCUGCUGCAAAAACAAGGUACUGAAAAUCCCUCACACACACAUACAUACAUAUACACACACAUAUACAUAUAUACAUACACAUAUAUAUAUACAGCUCUGGAAAAAAUUAAGAUAAAUUUUUCUUCAAUCAGCAUCUCUACAUGUAUGACAGCCAUUCCAUUCCAGUGUCUGUUGAAUUCCAACACAGGCACACCUCAUUCUACUGAAUUAGGUACUGAUUAGGUGAUCACCUGAACCAAAUCUUAUUUAACGAGGAAAAGUAUAAAAACCACUGCUGUGGUCAUCACUAUCCUCUUGCAAUAGGACCAGCUGGAUGGCAAACACAAUGCUAAUAGUACCUCAAAAGUAAUAUUAAUCAAAAAAUAACUAUUGACCAUGCCAAAAGAGUUGAAAGGGAAAGUUUUGAGUGAGGAAAAGAAGGGUUCAAUUCUGGCUUUACUGGCAGAGGGAUACAGUUAGCGUCAGGUUGCUUCCAUCCUUAAAAUGUCAAAGACUGCGGUUCAUAAGAACAAGGUCAAGCAGCAGACAUUGGGGACAACAAAGCUACAGACCGGCAGAGGGUCGAAAACGACUCUACUGACCGGGAUGACCGCCAACUCAUUCGAAUGUCACUCAACAACCGUAGGAUGACAUCAAGUGACCUACAAAAAGAAUGGCAAACAGCAGCUGGGGUGAAGUGCACGGCGAGGACGGUUCGAAACAGGCUCCUAGGGGCAGGGCUGAAGUCGUGCAAAGCUCGAAAAAAGCCCUUCAUCAAUGAGAAGCAAAGAAGAGCCAGGCUGAGGUUUGCAAAAGACCAUAAGGAUUGGACCGUAGAGGACUGGAGUAAGGUAAUCUUCUCUGAUGAGUCCAAUUUUCAGCUUUGCCCAACACCUGGUUGUCUAAUGGUUAGACGAAGACCUGGAGAGGCCUACAAGCCACAGUGUCUCGCACCCACUGUGAAAUUUGGUGGAGGAUCGGUGAUGAUCUGGGGGUGCUUCAGCAACGCUGGAGUCGGGCAGAUUUGUCUUUGUGAAGGACGCAUGAAAUAAGCCACGUACAAGGUUGUCCUGGAAGAAGACUUGCUUCCUUUUGCUCUGACAUUGUUCCCCAACGCUGAGGAUUGGUUUUUCCAGCAGGACAAUGCGCCAUGCCACACAGCCAGGUCAAUCAAGGUGUGGAUGGUGGACCACCAGAUGAAGACCCUGUCAUGGCCAGCCCAAUAUCCAGACCUGAACCCCAUUGAAAACUUCUGGAAUGUGAUCAAGAGGAAGAUGGAUGGUCACAAGCCAUCAAACAAAGCUGAGCUGCUUGAAUUUAUGCGCCAGGAGUGGCAUAAAGUCACCCAACAUCAAUGUGAAAGACUGGUGGAGAGCAUGCCAAGACGCAUGAAAGCUGUGAUUGAAAAUCAGGGUUAUUCCACCAAAUAUUGAUUUCUGAACUCUUCCUAAGUUUACAUACACUCAAUUAGUAUUUGGUAGCAUUGCCUUUAAAUUGUUUAACUUGGGUCAAACAUUUCAGGUAGCCUUCCACAAGCUUCCCACAAUAAGUUGGGUGAAUUUUGGCCCAUUCCUCCUGACAGAGCUUGUGUAACUGAGUCAGGUUUGUAGGCCUCCUUGCUCGCACAUGCUUUUUCAGUUCUGCCCACAAAUGUUCUAUAGGAUUGAGGUCAGGGCUUUGUGAUGGCCACUCCAAUACCUUGAAUUUGUUGUCCUUAAGCCAUUUUGCCACAACUUUGGAAGUAUGCUUGGUGUCAUUGUCCAUUUGGAAGACCCAUUUGCGACCGAGCUUUAACUUCCUGACUGAUGUCUUGAGAUGUUGCUUCAAUAUAUCCACAUAAUUUUCCUUCCUCAUGAUGCCAUCUAAUUUGUGAAGUGCACCAGUCCCUCCUGCAGCAAAGCACCCCCACAACAUGAUGCUGCCACCCCCGUGCUUCACGAUUGGGAUGGUGUUCUUCGGCUUGCAAGCGCUCCCCCUUUUCCUCCAAACAUAACAAUGGUCAUUAUGGCCAAACAGUUCUAUUUUUGUUUCAUCAGACCAGAGGACAUUUCUCCAAAAAGUACUAUCUUUGUCCCCAUGUGCAGUUGCAAACCAUAGUCGGGCUUUUUUAUGGCGAUUUUGGAGCAGUGGCUUCUUCCUUGCUGAGCGGCCUUUCAGGUUAUGUCAAUAUAGGACUAGUUUUUCUGUGGAUAUAGAUACUUUUGUACCUGUUUCCUCCAGCAUCUUCACAAGGUCCUUUGCUGUUGUUCUGGGAUUGAUUUGCACUUUUCGCACCAAAGUACGUUCAUCUCUAGAACGCGUCUCCUUCCUGAGCGGUAUGACGGCUGCGUGGUCCCAUGGAAUCAUGUAGUAACCAAAAAAGUGUUAAACAAAUCAAAAUAUAUUUUAUAUUUGAGAUUCUUCAAAUAGCCACCCUUUGCAUUGAUGACAGCUUUGCACCCUCUUGGCAUUCUCUCAACCAGCUUCAGGAAGUAGUCACCUGGAAUGCAUUUCAAUUAACAGGUGUGCCUUCUUAAAAGUUAAUUUGUGGAAUUUCUUUCCUUAAUGCAUUUGAGCCAAUCAGUUGUGUUGUGACAAGUUAGGGGGGGGGGUAUACAGAAGAUAGCCCUAUUUGGUAAAAGACCAAGUCCAUAUUAUGGCAAGAACAGCUCAAAUCAGCAAAGAGAAACGACAGUCCAUCAUUACUUUAAGACAUGAAGGUUAGUCAAUACGGAACAUUUCAAGAACUUUGAAAGUUUCUUCAAGUGCAGUCGCAAAAACCAUCAAGCGCUAUGAUGAAACUGGCUCUCAUGAGGACCACCACAGGAAUGGAAGACCCAGAGUUACCUUUGCUGCAGAGGAUACGUUCAUUAGAGUUUCCAGCCUCAGAAAUGGCAGCCCAAAUAAAUGCUUCACAGAGUUCAAGCAACAGACAUCUCAACAUCAACUGUUUAGAGGGGACUGUGUGAAUCAGGCCUUCAUGGUCGAAUUGCUGCAAAUAAACCACUACUAAAGGACACCAAUAAUAAGAAGAGACCUGCUUGGACCAAGAAACACGAGCAAUGGACAUUAGCCCGGUGGAAAUUUGUCCUUUGGUCUGGAGUCCAAAUUGGAGAUUUUUGGUUCCAACUGCCGUAUUUUUGUGAGACGCGGUGUGGGUGAACAGACGAUCUCCGCAUGUGUAGUUCCCACUGUAAAGCAUGGAGGAGGUGUUAUGGUGUGGGGGUGCUUUGCUGGUGACACUGUCUGUGAUUUAUUUAGAAAUCAAGGCACACUUAACCAGCAUGGCUACCACAGUAUUCUGCAGCGAUACGCCAUCCCAUCUGGUUUGGGCUUAGUGGGACUAUCAUUUGUUUUUCAACAGGACAAUGACCCAACACACCUCCAGGCUGUGUAAUGACUAUUUUACCAAGAAGGAGAGUGAUGGAGUGCUGCAUCAGAUGACCUGGCCUCCACAAUCCCCUGACCUCAACCAAAUUGAGAUGGUUUGGGAUGAGUCUGACCGCAGAGUGAAGGAAAAGCAGCCAACAAGUGCUCAGCAUAUGUGGGAACUCCUUCAAGACUGUUGGAAAAGCAUUCCAGGUGAAGCUGGUUGAGAGAAUGCCAAUAGUGUGCAAAGCUGUCAUCAAGGCAAAGGGUGGCUAUUUGAAGAAUCUCAAAUAUAAAUAUAUAUUUUGAUUUGUUUACUUUUUUGGUUACUACAUGAUUCCAUAUGUGUUAUUUCAUAGUUUUGAUGUCUUCACUGUUACUCUACAAUGUAGAAAAUAGUAAAAAUAAAGAAAAACCCUUGAAUGAGUAGGUGUGUCCAAACUUUUGACUGGUACUGUAUAUACAUACAUACAUACAUACAUACAUACAUACAUACAUACAUACAUACAUACCAAUAUGUUCUUAAGCGCACUGGACUCCACGUGUAUUGGCCAAUCAAUGAAUCACUCCAGUCUUAAUUCCAACCCUCAGAUGUUCAGACUAACCCAUCUUUCCCAGUACAUUAUCAUUUUACUAUUUCCUUUUGCAACACAUCCUUCUAUUUUACUGAUUUCUUACGAGGGUCUUGAACCUCUAUUUGUACCAUUUCUACAGAGAUUGCCCUACAAAUAAACACUUUACCUAAGAGUAUAAUCAUAUUUCCCAUUGAUUAUGGUUUUCCAGAUCUCCUAACAGUACUGUUUGUAGGUCCAUGUGAACACAAGACAUUAUGACUUAACAACCACUCCUUGCCCUGAUGCCAAAAGCAGUACCAAAAUAGAUGAUCUAUUGAUGAUGAUCCCUCAUGGCAGUCUGCACAGGGCUGACUGUCCAAAGCCCCAUAUAUUAAGCAUUAUUUUUGUGGGGAGAAUUUUAUAUAAUAGUUUAAAUUGAAAAGAAAGGAUCGAUGCGUAAAUUGUGGUUUUGUAUAGCAGUUCAUAAACCCGUUGCCAUGGUAUUGGGACAUCAAAGAACUGUUCCCAACUGUCUUGAAUUUGGUGCAGCAUAGUUGUCAAACCUAUAGACCCUAACUGAAAUUGAUAUAUUUUACGAUUUAUACAAGUCAUUUUAAGCCAUGGAUGGUUUUUCAUUGGAGGCAGACCACCAAUUUAUUCCUUUUGCUUUUGAGCAAUUGCCUCUUCCAUUUUUGUGCCAGAGCUGCGAUGAGUUGGUUAUACUUUUGUAUUGAGCAUACACAUCUCCAUACACCUUUUCAAUUGCUUGUGUAACAAUUUUACAGUCCUUAUUUACAAUGUCAGUCAUAAACAUGGUACCUCCCUUAUACAUUUUAUUAGUACAUUGGAGUUUAGCCAUAUUAUUUGCGGUUUUAUUUGUUCUGGCUUUUCUGGAGGAUGAAAUUUGGAAUUGUAACCAACUCUGUAUUGCUUCAUUUAUAAACAAGGACAAGGUUACCUCUCUCCCCAAAAUAGCUAUUUAUCCUGCUUUAUAUCAACCCAGAGAGAGAGAGGGAGGGAGGUUGAGUUGGAAGGUGUGCGGGUGAGUGAGUGUUUUGGCAAUCUGUUAGUAAUCAGAUCAGAGUCCUCCUCCACGCUCUCCCCUCUUUUUCUUCCUGAGCCCUGAUGUGCAUCAUCUACUGCAGAGUUUCAAUCUGCUAAUUCGGCUGCAGCAGAAAAUGCUGCAUUAUUAUGCAAUGAGAGCUGUUUGUGGUGCCUCGUGGCCACCAGAGGGAGCUCUGUCUCUGGAUCACUUGAAUGGAGCAACUGUUUCUAAUGACAGCGUUUGUAUAUGAAAAGAUUAAUGUGCGUGAAAUGGGUCUUAAACAACUUCUCACGAAUAUAGAACAGUCAGUUGGAACCAUAGAGAUUAUAUAAUUCAGUUGCUUUUAAUACUGUGGGUCGGAACGAUGUUGAAAUGCAGUUGCUCAGACUUCUCACAUUUGGUCCGGUUCCAGCUUUCCCUCGGGUGUCUCUUAUAAAACAUUUCAAUUCUGAUUCAUCUGACACUUCUGGGUUCUUUUUGAUUACUAGUGUCAUCAGAAAGGCCUAGAGCACAUAAUUCCCCUUCCUCUGGCUCCCUGCUCCUACCUGUUCUGUUACCUCCCUACAGGGCAUCAAACCAGGCUUAUUGCCUAAUUAUUCACUUAUAUUCGACUCAUUGCUCAACUCCAAACUUUGCCUGGGAAACUGUCCUGAAUAGACUGACUAGACUCGGGUUGACUGGUAUCUGUGUGGUUGUGGGGUGUAUUGAGUCACUCAUGCUGAUGUUGUGUGUCCCUCCCGUCACCAGGUGGUGCUGUGCUUUGACCGUGUGUUCUGGGACCCCAGUGUGAACCUGUUUGGUCAUGUGGGCAGCACUACAGCCAGCAGGGGAGAACUCUUCCUCUUCUGGAACCUCUACAAAGGUGAGUAGGGCUGGGCGAUAUGGCCAAAAUAUGUCACGGCCCCCCAAAAAUAUUAGACAGUAUUUUCUGUUUUUGAAUAAUACAAGUUCGAAAUGUGCUUUAUGAGUAGUGCGUGACCCUAGGGUGGCAUCAAAUCAAAUUGUAUUUGUCACAUACACGUGUUUAGCAGAUGUUAUAGCGGGUGUAGCAAAAUGCUUGUGCUUCUAGCUCCGACAGUGCAGUAAUAUCUAACAAUUACACAACAUAUACCCAAUACACACAAUAAAGUAAGGAAUGGGAUUUAAGAAUGUAUACAUACAGUGGGGAGAACAAGUAUUUGAUACACUGCCGAUUUUGCAGGUUUUCCUACUUACAAAGCAUGUAGAGGUCUGUAAUUUUUAUCAUAGGUACACUUCAACUGUGAGAGACGGAAUCUAAAACAAAAAUCCAGAAAAUCACAUUGUAUGAUUUUUAAGUAAUAAUUUGCAUUUUAUUGCAUGACAUAAGUAUUUGAUGCAUCAGAAAAGCAGAACUUAAUAUUUUGUACAGAAACCUUUGUUUGCAAUUACAGAGAUCAUACGUUUCCUGUAGGUCUUGACCAGGUUUGCACACACUGCAGCAGGGAUUUUGGCCCACUCCUCCAUACAGACCUUCUCCAGAUCCUUCAGGUUUCGGGGCUGUCGCUGGGCAAUACGGACUUUCAGCUCCCUCCAAAGAUUUUCUAUUGGGUUCAGGUCUGGAGACUGGCUAGGCCACUCCAGGACUUUGAGAUGCUUCUUACGGAGCCACUCCUUAGUUUCCCUGGCUGUGUGUUUCGGGUCGUUGUCAUGCUGGAAGACCCAGCCACGACCCAUCUUCAAUGCUCUUACUGAGGGAAGGAGGUUGUUGGCCAAGAUCUCACGAUACAUGGCCCCAUCCAUCCUCCCCUCAAUACGGUGCAGUCGUCCUGUCCCCUUUGCAGAAAAGCAUCCCCAAAGAAUGAUGUUUCCACCUCCAUGCUUCACGGUUGGGAUGGUGUUCUUGGGGUUGUACUCAUCCUUCUUCUUCCUCCAAACACGGCGAGUGGAGUUUAGACCAAAAAGCUCUAUUUUUGUCUCAUCAGACCACAUGACCUUCUCCCAUUCCUCCUCUGGAUCAUCCAGAUGGUCAUUGGCAAACUUCAGACGGGGCUGGACAUGCGCUGGCUUGAGCAGGGGGACCUUGCGUGUGCUGCAGGAUUUUAAUCCAUGACGGCGUAGUGUGUUACUAAUGGUUUUCUUUGAGACUGUGGUCCCAGCUCUCUUCAGGUCAUUGACCAGGUCCUGCCGUGUAGUUCUGGGCUGAUCCCUCACCUUCCUCAUGAUCAUUGAUGCCCCACGAGGUGAGAUCUUGCAUGGAGCCCCAGACCGAGGGUGAUUGACCGUCAUCUUGAACUUCUUCCAUUUUCUAAUAAUUGAGCCAACAGUUGUUGCCUUCUCACCAAGCUGCUUGCCUAUUGUCCUGUAGCACAUCCCAGCCUUGUGCAGGUCUACAAUUUUAUCCCUGAUGUCCUUACACAGCUCUCUGGUCUUGGCCAUUGUGGAGAGGUUGGAGUCUGUUUGAUUGAGUGUGUGGACAGGUGUCUUUUAUACAGGUAAAGAGUUCAAACAGGUGCAGUUAAUACAGGUAAUGAGUGGAGAACAGGAGGGCUUCUUAAAGAAAAACUAACAGGUCUGUGAGAGCCGGAAUUCUUACUGGUUGGUAGGUGAUCAAAUACUUAUGUCAUGCAAUAAAAUGCAAAUUAAUUACUUAAAAAUCAUACAAUGUGAUUUUCUUGAUUUUUGUUUUAGAUUCCGUCUCUCACAGUUGAGGUGUACCUAUGAUAAAUAUUACAGACCUCUACAUGAUUUGUAAGUAGGAAAACCUGCAAAAUCGGCAGUGUAUCAAAUACUUGUUCUCCCCACUGUAUAUGGACAAGCAAUGACAGAGCGGCAUGGACUAAGAUACAGAAGAAUAUUAUAGAAUAGAAUGCAGUAUAUACAUAUGAGAUGAGUAGUGCAAGAUAUAUAAACAUUAUUCAAGUGACUAGUGUUCCAUUUCUUAAAGUGGCCAGUGAUUUCAAUAGGCAGCAGCAGCCUCUAAUGUGCUAGUGAUGGCUAUUUAACAGUCUGAUGGCCUUGAGAUAGAAGCUGUUUUUCAUUCUCUCGGUCCCAGCUUUGAUGCACCUGUACUGACCUCGCCUUCUGGAUGGUAGCGGGGUGAACAGGCAGUGGCUCGGGUGGUUGAUGUCCUUGAUUAUCUUUUUGGCCUCCCUGUGACAUCGGGUGCUGUAUGUGUCUUGGAGGGCGGGUAGUUUGCCCCCUGGUAAUGCGUUCGGCAGACCGCACCACCCUCUGGAGAGCCCUGCAGUUGUGGGCGGUUCAGUUGCCGUACCAGGCGGUGAUACAGCCCGACAGGAUGCUCUCAAUUGUGCAUCUGUAAAAGUUUGAGGGUUUUAGGGGCCAAGCCAAAUUUCUUCUGCCUCCUGAGGUUGAAGAGGCUCUGUUGCGCCUUCUUCACCACACCAUCUGCGUGGGUGGACCAUUUCAGUUUGUCGGUGAUGUGUACGCCAAGAAACUUGAAGUUUCCACCUUCUCCACUGCGGUCCCGUUGAUGUGGAUAGGGGGGUGAUUUCAAUGGGUCUUUCCCACUGUUCAAUUCAACCGUUCCCCCCCAAAAUUAAGCAUUUUCAUCAAUUUUUGCAUUUCCUGCACUCAUUUAAGAUAAUUUCCACACUGCCACGUAGGGCUGCACGAUAUGGUCAAAUAAUCUAGGCCUUAUUUUUAACUAAAUGUUGCAAUUGUGAUUUGACUUGUGAAUUAGAGCAAAACACUUGCGUGAACUGUUGGAAUUAUGGAAAUUGAAUGAUUAUUCCAAUUCUAUAGUUAGAAUAUAAUAAUGGGCACUUUGAAUAGUGUUUGACAUGACGACAAAUGAAAAUGCCAGGGAGGAGUUAUUGUGACAGGGUAGGAACCGAAGUGUUGACAAGUGUUUCCUAGGGGACUCUCUAAUCUAUGGCUACAUUGAAUGUUUUCUCUUAGCUACUUCAUGUAGCUAACAUAUUCUUGUUUCGCGUAUUCCUCUUUGAUUUAGAAGAUACUGUUGCACAAACAACAUGCAGAUGUAGGACUACACCAUCACUGGUAUUAUCAGGCUGUAUAGCUAGUUACAUUUGCUCUGACUCAGUCCAUUUAUUAGCUAGCUAGCGAUUAGUAUUAGCAAUUAGCGGCUAACAAGGUUUAGGCCCAACUUACUAAGAAAAUACAAACUAGCUGUUUGCAGAUGUAAGAAACACAAACUAAUAGUGUAAUUAUAUUACGCUAGUGGAUUUAUAUUAAGAAGCAAGUUGAAAACAGCAUCGUUGUCAUCAACAUUGUUGCAUGUGCUGCAAUGACCAUGCAGAGACUGAACAGGAGUCUCGUGCUCUAGGAACAACAUGGAGGGAGAGUGGAGAGAGAUGAAUCAAGUAGCGAAGUAAACUAUAAACAUGGACGUUACACACGGCAUAUCACAUUUAACAAACCAAACAUUCAAAUACCGUUAUAGAAGGUAAAGUAAAAACCCAAACCGGUCCGUGCAUCAACACCGGUAUAUUGUAAAAUACGGUAUACGGCCCAGCUCUAAAGAUGAGCACAGUGAACCAGUCAAUUCUCUCUGAACUGUGAUGGGCCUAAUUUGACUUUUUCUUUUGUUUUUAAUAGUCUAUCCUUUCAUCUCCUUCAUUGCACUGAUCAGAAAGAACUGACCAGGUGAAAGCCAGCCUGAUGAUAAGCUUCCUCCACCAUUUAGUUGUAAAUUGUAACGUCUUCUCCCGUGCAGAUAAAGGGGAGGAAACAGGGAGAGGAUGGAUUUAGAAGCAACUGAGUUAGAGACGUGGUGAUAUUUGGAUGUAGUCACUCAUUUUGACUUGGGACAGAAUUUCCUUCUCUGAAUGAACACGACUACAUUUUCACAGUGGUGGAAAAAGUACUCAAUUGUCAUACUUGAGUAAAUGUAAAGAUAUCUUAAUAGAAAAUGACUCAUGUAAAAGAGAAAGUCACGCAUUAAAAUACUACUUGAGGUAAAGUAUAAAAAUAUCUGGUUUUAAAUAUACACUACCAUUCAAAAAUUUGGGGUCACUUAGUAAUGUCCUUGUUUUCGAAAGAAAAGCAAUUUUUUGUCCAUUAAAAGAACAUCAAAUUGAUCAGAAAUACAGUGUAGACAUUGUUAAUGUUGUAAAUGGCUAUUGUAGCUGGAAACUGCUGAUUUGUAAUGGAAUAUCUACACAGGCGUACAGAGGCCCAUUAUCAGCAACCAUCAGUCCUGUGUUCCAAUGGCACGUUGUGUUUGCUAAUCCAAGUUUAUCAUUUUAAAAGGCUAAUUGAUCAUUAGAAAACCCUUUUGCAAUUAUGUUAGCACAGCUGAAAACUGUUGUGCUGAUUAAAGAAGCAAUACAACUGGCCUUCUUGUGACUAGUUGAGUAUAUGGAGCAUCAGCAAUUGUGGGUUUGAUUACAGGCUCAAAAUGGCCAGAAAUAACUUUCUUCUGAAACUCGUCAGUCUAUUCUUGUUCUGAGAAAUGAAGGCUAUUCCUUUCGAGAAAAUGCCAAGAAACUGAAGCACUCGUACAACGCUGUGUACUACUCCCUUCACAGAACAGCGCAAACUGUCUCUAACCAGAAUAGAAAGAGGAGUGGGAGGCCCUGGUGCACAACUGAGCAAGAUGAGAAACAGACGCCUCAUAGGUCCUCAACUGGCAGCUUCAUUAAAUAGUACCCGCAAAACACCAGUCUCAACGUCAACAGUGAAGAGGCAACUCCGGGAUGCUGACCUUCUAGGCAGAGUUGCAAAGAAAAAGCCAUAUCUCAGACUGGCCAAUAAAAAUAAAAGAUUAAGAUAGGCAAAAGAACACAGACACUGGACAGAGGAAUAUUGGAAAAAAGUUAUGGACAGACAAAUGUGUUUGGAUCACAAAGAAGAACAUUUGUGAGAUGCAGACCAAAUGAAAAGAUGCUGGAGGAGUGCUUGAUGCCAUCUGUCAAGCAUGGUGGAGGCAAUGUGAUGGUCUGGGGGUGCUUUGGUGGUGGUAAAGUGGGAGAUUUGUACAGGGUAAAAGGGAUCUUGAAGAAGGAAGGCAAUCACUCCCAUUUUGCAACGCCAUGCCAUACCCUGUGGACGGCGCUUGAUUGGAGCCAACAAGGACAAUGACCCAAAGCAAAGCACAGUCACCGGAUCUCAACCCUAUUGAGCUGUUGUGGGAGCAGCUUGACCGUAUGGUACGUAGGAAGUGCCCAUCAAGCCUAUCCAACUUGUGGGAGGUGCUUCAGGAAGCAUGGGGUGAAAUCUCUUCAGAUUACCUCAACAAAUUGACAACUAGAAUGCCAAAGGUCUGCAAGGCUGUAAUUGCUGCAAAUGGAGGAUUCUUUGACGAAAGCAACGUUUGAAGGACACAAUUAUUAUUUCAAUUAAAACUAAUUAUUUCUAACCUUUUCAAUGACUACAUUUCCUAUUCACUUUGCUAUAUUUCCUAUUCAAACUAAUUUCAUGUAUGUUUUCAUGGAAAACAAGGACAUUUCUAAGUGACCCCAAACUUUUGAACGGUAGUGUAUUUAAGUACAGUGGUGGGAAAAGUACUUAAUUGUCAUACUUGAGUAAAAGUAAAUGCCAUAUAUCAUAUUCCAUAGAUUAAGCAAACCAGACGGCACAAUUGUCUUGCUGCUUUCUUUACAGAUAGCCAGGGGCACACUCCAACACUCAGACAUCAUUUACAAACGCAGUAUUUGUGUUCAGUAAGUCCACCAUAACAGAGGCAGUUGGGAUGACAGAGCGUUACAUUGAUAAGUCCGUGAAUUGGUACCAUAUUGCUGUCCUGCCUGAGCAUUUGAAAUGUAACGAGUACUUUUGGGUGUCUGGGAAAAUGUAUAAAGUACAGAUUUUCUUUAGGAAUGUAGGGGAGUAAAAGUUGUCCAAAAUAUAAAUAGUAAAGUACAGAUACCCCACAAAACGACUUAAUUGGUACUUCAAAGUAUUUUUACUUAGUUACUUUACACAACUGCAUUUUCACAUGCCUUUUUGACAGUGUUACUGCGAAAUUGACCCAUGUGUUUUUUUCCCCAUCCCAGCCCCCAUACUGCUGGCGCUGAUGGCCGGAGAGGCGGCCGGCAUCAUGGAGAACAUCAGCGACGACGUUAUUGUUGGACGCUGCCUCGCCAUCCUUAAAGGUAUCUUCGGAAGCAGCGCAGUACCUCAGGUAUGUGUGAAUUUGCUUGUUUUGUACAUAAAAAUAUGGCCGCCACCGGUCCUCCCAUCACGGAACGUAGACUUGAAUCGUAAUAUCCGUUCUAGUUAUUUUAUUUAUAUACACUGCUCAAAAAAAUAAAGGGAACACUUAAACAACACAAUGUAACUCCAAGUUAAUCACACUUCUGUGAAAUCAAACUGUCCACUUAGGAAGCAACACUGAUUGACAAUACAUUUCACAUGCUGUUGUGCAAAUGGAAUAGACAACAGGUGGAAAUUAUAGGCAAUUAGCAAGACACCCCCAAUAAAGGACUGGUUUUGCAGGUCGUGACCACAGACCACUUCUCAGUUCCUAUGCUUCCUGGCUGAUGUUUUGGUCACUUUUGAAUGCUGGCGGUGCUUUCACUCUAGUGGUAGCAUGAGACGGAGUCUACAACCCACACAAAUGGCUCAGGUAGUGCAGCUCAUCCAGGAUGGCACAUCAAUGCGAGCUGUGGCAAGAAAGUUUGCUGUGUCUGUCAGCGUAGUGUCCAGAGCAUGGAGGCGCUACCAGGAGACAGGCCAGUACAUCAGGAGACGUGGAGGAGGCCGUAGGAGGGCAACAACCCAGCAGCAGGACUGCUACCUCCGCCUUUGUGCAAGGAGGAGCAGGAGGAGCACUGCCAGAGCCCUGCAAAAUGACCUCCAGCAGGCCACAAAUGUGCAUGUGUCUGCUCAAACGGUCAGAAACAGACUCCAUGAGGGUGGUAUGAGGGCCCGACGUCCAUAGGUGGGGGUUGUGCUUACAGCCCAACACCGUGCAGGACGUUUGGCAUUUGCCAGAGAACACCAAGAUUGGCAAAUUCGCCACUGGCACCCUGUGCUCUUCACAGAUGAAAGCAGGUUCACACUGAGCACGUGACAGUCUGGAGACGCCGUGGAGAACGUUCUGCUGCCUGCAACAUCCUCCAGCAUGACCGGUUUGGCGGUGGGUCAGUCAUGGUGUGGGGUGGCAUUUCUUUGGGGGGCCGCACAGCCCUCCAUGUGCUCGCCAGAGGUAGCCUGACUGCCAUUAGGUACCGAGAUGAGAUCCUCAGACCCCUUGUGAGACCAUAUGCUGGUGCGGUUGGCCCUGGGUUCCUCCUAAUGCAAGACAAUGCUAGACCUCAUGUGGCUGGAGUGUGUCAGCAGUUCCUGCAAGAGGAAGGCAUUGAUGCUAUGGACUGGCCCGCCCGUUCCCCAGACCUGAAUCCAAUUGAGCACAUCUGGGACAUCAUGUCUCGCUCCAUCCACCAACGCCACGUUGCUCCACAGACUGUCCAGGAGUUGGCGGAUGCUUUAGUCCAGGUCUGGGAGGAGAUCCCUCAGGAGACCAUCCGCCACCUCAUCAGGAGCAUGCCCAGGCGUUGUAGGGAGGUCUAAGGCACUGCAUCGCAGUGCUAACUGUGCCACUAGAGAUCCUGGUUCGAAUCCAGGCUUUGUCGCAGCCGGCCGCGACCGGGAGACUCAUGGGCGGCGCACAAUUGGCCCAGUGUCGUCCAGGGUAGGGGAGGGAAUGGCCGGCAGGGAUGUAGCUCAGUUGAUAGAGCAUGGUGUUUGCAACACCAGGGUUGUGGGUUCGAUUCCCACGGGGGGCCAGUAUAAAAAAAAAAAAAAAAAAAAUGUAUUCACUAACUGUAAGUCGCUCUGGAUAAGAGCGUCUGCUAAAUGACUAAAAUGUAAAUGUAAAUACAGGCACGUGGAGGCCACACACACUACUGAGCCUCAUUUUGACUUGUUUUAAGGACAUUACAUCAAAGUUGGAUCAGCCUGUAGUGUGGUUUUCCACUUUAAUUUUGAGGGUGACUCCAAAUCCAGACCUCCAUGGGUUGAUACAUUUGAUUUCCAUUGAUAAUUUUUGUGUGAUUUUGUUGUCAGCACAUUCAACUAUGUAAAGAAAAAAGGAUUUUAAUAAGAUUAUUUCAUUCAUUCAGAUCUAGGAUGUGUUAUUUUAGUGUUCCCUUUAUUUUUUUGAGCUCCAACCACCAGUCAAAUACAUCAUGAAAAACGUGUCAUAUGUAGUUAUUCAUGUUGGUUAGGGUUGGAACUGUUUAGUGUUUCCCAACCACGUUUACUGGAAUCUAAUAUCGGCAUGGAAACUCGCCGCUUUCUGUUUGUCACGGCAGCCCAAGGAAACGGUGGUGACUCGUUGGCGUGCCGACCCCUGGGCGCGGGGCUCCUACUCGUACGUGGCGGCCGGUUCCUCCGGUAACGACUAUGACCUCAUGGCCCAGCCCAUCACACCUGGCCCUGCCAUCCCCGGAGCGUCACAGGUAACCACUAACACAUGGGACCACUAAGAAAUACGAUACAUUGCGAGACAGUUUCCCAGAUACAAAUUAAGCCUAGUCCUGGGUCAAUAAGUACGCUCAGUGGAAAACACAUACACUACAUACUACGCUGUACUACUCUAUACCACUUUGUACUCUGCUUUGGGAUUAAGGCUGUAAACACUACAUACAUAAAAAUAGCUGCAAGCAGCAAUGCUGGGGUUACGCUAUGUGUCCACUGUGCCACGAUCAGGGAAAAUGUAUCACUUUGCCCUAGGACGAGUUACUUCUGUAAUGUUUACCACACUUGCCAAAUAUCAGAAUUCAAAAUCAAACUGAUCAUGAAAUUAAUUGCAUGAUCAGUUUGAUUUUGAAGUAUUUUUGACCAUUUUCAAUGAUGCUGACGACUUUAAAAGUCUUAUUCUCCAGAACCACUGGACCAAUCGGCACCAAAUUUGGCAUAUAGCAUCUAUGGAUGCACAUCUUCAAACGCAAAACUCUGGCUGAAACAAUAUGGCCGCUCUGAGCCAACAUUGUUUUUUCCUGUCCGACAGCGCCACAAUGUGGACGAACUCAACCAUACUUUACAGGUUAGCUAGACUCAUGUCCUUGAGCAUGUGUGCCAAAUUCCAUCACUCUGAGUCAGACAGAUCAAGAGAUAUAGAAAUGUGCUCGUUAUUGCGCCACCGUGUGGUCGAUCUGUAUGUACUUGCAUAUGUUAAGUUUGCAGCAUGUGUACCAAGUUUUAUUACGAUUCGAAUAUCCGUGACUGAUUUAUAGGCAUAUACAGUGGGGAGAACAAGUAUUUGAUACACUGCCGAUUUUGCAGGUUUUCCUACUUACAAAGCAUGUAGAGGUCUGUAAUUUUUAUCAUAGGUACACUUCAACUGUGAGAGACGCAAUCUAAAACAAAAAUCCAGAAAAUCACAUUGUAUGAUUUUUAAGUAAUUCAUUUGCAUUUUAUUGCAUGACAUAAGUAUUUGAUAAAGCAUAACUUAAUAUUUGGUACAGAAACCUUUGUUUACAAUUACAGAGAUCAUAAGUUUCCUGUAGGUCUUGACCAGGUUUGCACACACUGCAGCAGGGAUUUUGGCCCACUCCUCCAUACAGACCCUCUCCAGAUCCUUCAGGUUUCGGGGCUGUCGCUGGGCAGUACGGACUUUCAGCUCCCUCCAAAGAUUUUCUAUUGGGUUCAGGUCUGGAGACUGGCUAGGCCACUCCAGGACCUUGAGAUGCUUCUUACGGAGACACUCCUUACUUGCCCUGGCUGUGUGUUUCGGGUCGUUGUCAUGCUGGAAGACCCAGCCACGACCCAUCUUCAAUGCUCUUACUGAGGGAAGGAGGUUGUUGGACAAGAUCUCGCAAUACAUGGUCCCAUCCAUCCUCCCCUCAAUACGGUGCAGUCGUCCUGUCCCCUUUGCAGAAAAGCAUCCCCAAACAAUGAUGUUUCCACGUCCAUGCUUCACGGUUGGGAUGGUGUUCUUGGGGUUGUACUCAUCCUCCUUCUUCCUCCAAACACGGCGAGUGGAGUUUAGACCAAAAAGCUCUAUUUUUGUCUCAUCAGACCACAUGACCUUCUCCCAUUCCUCCUCUGGAUCAUCCAGAUGGUCAUUGGCAAACUUCAGACGGGCCUGGACAUGCGCUGGCUUGAGCAGGGGGACCUUGCGUGCGCUGCAGGAUUUUAAUCCAUGACGGCGUAGUGUGUUACUAAUGGUUUUCUUUGAGACUGUGGUCCCAGCUCUCUUCAGGUCAUUGACCAGGUCCUGCCGUGUAGUUCUGGGCUGAUCCCUCACCUUCCUCAUGAUCAUUGAUGCCCCACGAGGGGAGAUCUUGCAUGGAGCCCCAGACCGAGGAUGAUUGACCGUCAUCUUGAACUUCUUCCAUUUUCUAAUAAUUGCACCAACAGUUGUUGCCUUCUCACCAAGCUGCUUGCCUAUUGUCCUGUUGUCCUUGUGCAGGUCUACAAUUUUAUCCCUGAUGUCCUUACACAGCUCUCUGGUCUUGGCCAUUGUGGAAAGGUUGGAGUCUGUUUGAUUGAGUGUGUGGACAGGUGUCUUUUAUACAGGUAACGAGUUCAAACAGGUGCAGUUAAUACAGGUAAUGAGUGGAGAACAGGAGGGCUUCUUAAAGAAAAACUAACAGGUCUGUGAGAGCUGGAAUUCUUACUGGUUGGUAGGUGAUCAAAUACUUAUGUCAUGCAAUAAAAUGCAAAUUCAUUACUUAAAAAUCAUACAAUGUGAUUUUCUGGAUUUUUUUAGAUUCCGUCUCUCACAGUUGAAGUGUACCUAUGAUAAAAAGUACAGACCUCUACAUGCUUUGUAAGUAGGAAAACCUGCAAAAUCGGCAGUGUGUCAAAUACUUGUUCUCCCCACUGUAUGUGCGCUCCCACGUGAAAUGUUUAUUGGUCAAUGUUGUUUUAGGGAAAGGGGAUACCUAGUCAGUUGCACAACUGAAAUGCAUUCAACCGAAAUGUGUCUUACGCAUUUAACCCAACCCCUCUGAAUCAGAGAGGUGCGGGAGAUGCCUUAAUCGACGUCCACGUCAUAGGCGCCCGGGGAGCAGUUGUUGUUGGAGGUUAACUGCCUUGCUCAAGGGCAGAAUGGCAGAUUUUUCCACCUUGCCGGCUUGGGGAUUUGAACCAGCAACCUUUUCGUUACUGGCCCAACGCUCUAAACCGCUAGGCUACCUGCCGCCCUAGUCUGGAAAAUAUUGCAUUGAGAGACCUUUGUCCAUAGAUACCACAUCAACUUUCGUGCAGAUCGGUCAUUUGGUGCCAGAAUAAUUUUUUUAAAGUGUUUAUCACAAAAUUCAAAAUGGUGGAAAAUCCAUCAUGGCGGACCUGAGGAAUCGGUAUUAUAAUAAUAAUAAUAAUGAACCAAAGGAUUGACAGCCGUCCCAUAUAGAUUGCAAAAUAGUUGGGAAGAGAUUUUUGACGUACCGAUUCCAUGGCAUAGUGUUUAUGAAUUGAUACGCAAAACGACGCCGGAUUCAAAACUUUAAAUUAUUAUAUAAAAUUCUUGCUACCAAUAGAAUGUUAUUUAUAUGGGGGAUACAAUCUUCCCAGCUCUGCAGAUUUUGCUGCGGAGAGACAGAAUCAUUAGAUCAUUUGUUUUGGUACUGUCCAUUUGUAGCUUGUUUUUGGACACAGGUCCAGGAAUGGCUAAAGGAUUGCAAUAUUUACCUGGAGCUAACCCUGCAGAUAGCACUACUGGGUGAUCUGAAAAGUCAUAGUCAAUCGAUCAAUAAUAUAAUAAUACUUUUAGCAAAAAUGUUUAUUUUCAAUUUAUGAUCUGUAGAAACAAUGAGAAUAGAAAGGUUCAGAACUUUUGUAAAACAUCACAGUACAGUUGAAAAAUAUAUGGCAAAUAGAAAUCCAAUAUGGAUGGUGUUAAGAGAUAGAUGUGAGGUGUUGAAUGGAGCUGAAGGAUGGGACUAAUAACAACAACUAAUAACAACAAGAACUAAUGUAAAGCAUACUGUGUCCAUAAUACGUAUAUAGGUUAUAGGUUGAGAGCUUUUGUGAAAGAGCACAGUUAGAAAAAUAUGGCAUGUAGAAGCAAACCAGAUGGACGUCAUGAAAAUGAUCGGAGGAAGUUCAGGAGUAAAAAGAAACAAAAUAUAAUUAUUGUAGAAUUUGACUGUGUCCAUAAAAUGUAUAUAGUAUGUAUGGGCUGGAAGUAGAGGCCUAAGUGUUGUUGUUCACUAGUUUACUCCAAUUGGGGAAGGGGUGGUGGGGUUGGAAAGUAAUUAAGGGAAAUAUAAUUUAAAAAAGGAUGUGUGUGUGUAUGGAUGUAUGUAUGUACAGUGAGGGAAAAAAGUAUUUGAUCCCCUGCUGAAAAAAGUAUUUGAUCCCCUGCAUGAUCAAGUUUAAUGGUAGGUUUAUUUGAACAGUGAGAGACAGAAUAACAACAAAAAAAUCUUGGUGACUAUGGUCCCAGCUGCCUUGAGAUCAUUGACAAGAUCCUCCCGUGUAGUUCUGGGCUGAUUCCUCACCGUUCUCAUGAUCAUUGCAACUCCACGAGGUGAGAUCUUGCAUGGAGCCCCAGGCCGAGGGAGAUUGACAGUUAUUUUGUGUUUCUUCCAUUUGCAAAUAAUCGCACCAACUGUUGUCACCUUCUCACCAAGCUGCUUGGCGAUGGUCUUGUAGCCCAUUCCAGCCUUUUGUAGGUCUACAAUCUUGUCCCUGACAUCCUUGGAGAGCUCUUUGGUCUUGGCCAUGGUGGAGAUUUUGGAAUCUGAUUGAUUGAUUGCUUCUGUGGACAGGUGUCUUUUAUACAGGGAACGAGCUGAGAUUAGGAGCACUCCCUUUAAGAGUGUGCUCCUAAUCUCAGCUCUUUACCUGUAUAAAAGACACCUGGGAGCCAGAAAUCUUUCUGAUUGAGAGGGGGUGAAAUACUUAUUUCCCGCAUUAAAAUGCCAAUCAAUUUAUAACAUUUUUUACAUGCAUUUUUCUGGAUUUUUUUGGUUGUUAUUCUGUCUCACUGUUCAUAUAAACCUACCAUUAAAAUUAUAGACUGAUCAUUUCUUUGUCAGUGGGCAAACUUACAAAAUCUGCAGGGGAUCAAAUACUUUUCCCUCACUGUAUGUGUAUGUAUGUAUAUAUAUAUUUGCGAGUGAAAAAAACAUAUGGGGGAUUGGAAGUGAUGCAGACAAUUACAUUGAUGGAAGUUACAAUCUAUCUGAAAUAGUAAAGCUGAUCUACCCCCUAAAAAUAAAAAAUAAAAAUAAAAAUAUAUAUAAUGAACCAGAACAAAAGCAAUAGGGUUUCACCUAUUAACACAUUCCACUACUUUUUCUGUACUCUACUGGCAUCCCACUUUUGAUUGGUGUGCAGUGAAUGGAGUGGUAAAGGCCCUAAGCAUGUUGUCUUUAUUCAUAAAGAGUGUAAAGCCCCCAUCUAUUAAAUCAUCAGAAUCCCCUCAUCGCUCUAAGCCAAUGAGAAUACUGUAAUUUAUCACACGCCAGAAAGCUGUUCUGCGUGUUUUUAUAAAAAAAAAAAACAUUUGCCCGAUCUCAUUCACGAAACGACCAGAGCAUGUUCGCAAAUCUCAUCCUCCUUAGCCAACCCACAUUUAUUGGACUAAACCGAGUCGUUCCCGAGAUGUUUUAGGGUCGUUUUGAUGUUGAAACACUGAUUAAUGGGAACAGUCAUAUUUCUGUGUUGGCUGAUGAGUUUGUCGUUUUGAUGUUUGUCAUUUCUUUCUUUCCCCCCUUUCCUUCGCAGCCCGUCCCACGUCUGUUCUUCGCUGGCGAGCACACUAUCCGGAACUACCCGGCCACGGUGCACGGCGCUUUGCUCAGCGGCCUGCGAGAGGCGGGACGCAUCGCAGACCAGUUCCUGGGUGCCAUGUACACCCUCCCCCGACAGGCCACGCCCACCGCCGCCCCUCAGCCCUCCCCCAGCGUCUAGAACCCUGCCCCUUUAUAACAAUGUCCUUCCAUGUUCAAGUGAUGUCAGUGACUCCUAACUAAGAUGUAAACAAUGUGCCUGUCAUUUUGUGUUAAUGUUUAACCACAAUUCGAUGUUACUGGGCAAACAAACAGUGGAACUACCACUGUACAUUCCCAAAGGACCGAGCCAGCACCAGUCAUGUCUCUGGCACAUCUCUUAUCCUGUAUCGUUCCCUCUCAUCCACCUCAUAACUCAGUCAAUGCAGUCCUCAUAGCUGAUGCACUUAGGUGGAACCUGCAAUGGAACUCUCAGCUGGUUUAGUGUUCCUUCCAUUGCCGCUAGUUAACCAUAGUGCUGUUUGAGCAGGCUAGGCCCAUGCUAGGAUCUGGUUGUUGAAGGUAAAGAAAGCCUCUUUGGAAGGACAGAUCUAGUUCUGGUUCCCACUUCCCAGUCUUAUUCCAGUAGGAUGACACUACAUUAGGUGUCAUGGCCAUCCCCGUUCCACUUCUUCGUCACCCAGCCCGGGACUUGAACCAGCAACCUUCCUGUUACUGGUCCACCUCCUCUGGGCUAUCUAGCAUUAAAUGGAUGGAGGGGCUGAAGAGAAAGACCAGCAGCCAAUGGAAUCCAGAAAAACAGACAAUGAGCCACAGAGGACAGCCAAUCACGCGCUGCUCCCUCCAACCCUAACGUACUGUACCGGGUAGGUCUGCUAGCCAGCAUCAACACCGUAGCACUGUUUCACUCCCAUUGAAACAUGUUGUGUUUUUCUAUUAAAAGUAUGCUAGCUGCUGCGAUGUUGUAGCCUACAAGUGCAUUGUAUUGAUUGUUUUAAGGCUAAUGUCGCUAAUGUUAGUUGUAUGCCUGCUACUGAAUAGGACCUGUACCAUGUAGGGUAUGAUGCAUAGAAGAGUAGUGGAAGAAAAAUAGCAGUUUGUAUUAAAAUGCAAAAGGAUAGAUACUAUGAUUAUGUUGAGAGAAAAAAAUCCAGUUAAUGUUUUUGUUACUUAUUGUUUUUAGCAGCUUGUUUUGAAGUGUAUUUUGUCAGCAUUGCAUACCUUUUUGAUAUGUUUUCAACAUUUGG